AUGGCACCCCAGGAACCGGUCCAAGGAUUCCGCUCAGUCCACAAGAGCCAACCACCUGCAAGUACCACCGCAGUAAACCCAUCAAAAGUCCUCUACAUCGAUCGACAUGAUGAUCCCGAUUCCCAGAAGUCGUUUGUAUUCUGGGAGGAUAUCCAGCAAGGGUUUGAGGAUGCGUUAUAUAUCCGCCACAAGGCCAAGAUGGUCUCGUUCCUGAGAGGAAAGGACUGUAGGAUCCUAGAGCCGCGGAGGAUUGCAGCAGUGCCGAGUGUUGUCCUGGAUUUCAUUGUGGGCGGCAAGGUCGCAUCCUCCGAGGCUGCGACACCUCAGCCUAUGUCAAAGUCAGCGUACGACGAGAAGGAGGAGGAAAAGAAAGCGAGUAAAGAGAGCCAGGACACCACACCCAUGACCAGUACCACACCAAGCAUUGCAUCCAAAAUCGCAGAAAGCGCUUCACCUGGCGAUGAAUCGACGAUGGAAGAGAAAUCUAUCAAAGCUGACAACAACGCCAUUGAUGCCCAUAUCUUGAAGCAGAUGAUGAUGAGAGCUCUAAAGGGUGACGUCGAGGCAAUGUUUGAUGUGGGAACUCGAUGGAAGAAUGGUGUUGGAGUUGAACCAGACCUUCGUAGAGCGAUGGAGUGGUACCAUAGGGCAGCCGUGAAGGGGCACGCGUUGGCUCAGUACACCAUCGGACUCAACUAUUCUAAAGGACACAACUUCUACACAAUUUUCGAUCGCAUCUUCUACAAUGAACAGCACGUCGACAACAAUUACAAUACUUUCGAUCAAGGCACGGAGAGAGGCUUUGGGAAGAAGAAGGAGGGGAAGAGAGAAGGUGGUGGAGUGGUCGACGACGCUAUUGCCCUGGAAUGGUUCCUCAAAGCUGCCAAUCAGGGGAUGGCAGAAGCACAGUUCAAGGCAGCGGCGCUCAUUUUCCACAAGGAUAAUCUCGGCAAUAUCAACAACACAUCGCCCAACACCAUCCAGCUCUCUUAUCUUCUCAUGUUGGCUGCCGACCAGGGCCAUGCGGUUGCGCAGGCUUGCGUGGGGAGGUAUUGUGAAAUCGAGUACCCGAAGCAUGACCAGGGGCGAGCAUUCGAUUGGUAUAUCAAGGCAGCCAAGCAGGGACACAAGGUGGCCCAGUACAAGAUCGGGGUUUUCUACGAGACAGGACACAAUGCCAAGCUGGACGAAUCUGAGGCUGUGAGAUGGUACCGCAAGUCUGCCGAACAAGGAUAUAAAGAGGCGCAGUACAAAAUCGGGGUCUUCUACCAGACGGGAUAUGGCGUCGGAGUGAACGAAUCCAAGGCUGUGGAGUGGUACCGCAAGUCCGCCGAGCAAGGGUUCAAGAAGGCUCAGAACAGUCUCGCCAAGUGCUAUGAUGACGGUCGGGGUGUUUUGAGAGAUAUCACAAAGGCGAAGGUGUGGUACCGCAAGGCGGCGGACCAAAAGAGCGAAGAGGCCAAGAGUCGCUUGCAAGAAUUGAUGGCGUUGGAGCCUUGA